AUGCAUAAUACAUUUGAAUAUGCGUAUGGCUAUCAAAUAUUCGCAUAUUAUACAAAUGGCAAAUCAACAUCAAUAUCAAUAUUCUCGUACGGAGACAUUAUUUUUGACAUUCACCGACAGGAUCAUUUAGCCCAGUUACGACAUGAUCAUUUCACUGACAGUUUAUUUUUAUGA